CACCUGGCCCGGACCACCCCGGCCCGCCGCGCCGUCAACAAAGUGGUGUACGAUGAUCACGAGAGCGAGGACGACGACGAGGAGGAGGACAUGGUCUCGGAGGAGGACGAGGAGGAGGAAGAGGACGGCGACGCCGAGGAGACCCAGGAUUCCGAGGACGAGGAGGAAGAUGACAUGGAGGAGGACGACGAUGACUCCGAUUAUCCGGAGGAGAUGGAAGACGACGACGACGACGCCAGUUACUGCACGGAAAGCAGCUUCAGGAGCCACAGCACAUACAGCAGCACUCCAGGUAGGCGAAAACCAAGAGUACAUCGGCCUCGCUCCCCAAUAUUAGAAGAAAAAGACAUCCCACCCCUUGAAUUUCCGAAGUCCUCCGAGGAUUUAAUGGUGCCUAAUGAGCAUAUAAUGAACGUCAUUGCCAUUUACGAGGUCGUGCGGAACUUUGGCAGUGUGUUGAGGUUGUCCCCUUUUUGCUUUGAGGACUUCUGCGCAGCUCUGGUCAGCCAAGAGCAGUGCACACUCAUGGCCGAGAUGCACGUGGCGCUUCUCAAAGCGGUUCUGCGCGAAGAGGAUACAUCCAACACCACCUUCGGCCCUGCCGAUCUGAAAGACAGUGUCAACUCCACCCUGUAUUUCAUCGACGGGAUGACGUGGCCAGAGGUCCUGCGGGUGUACUGUGAGAGUGAUAAGGAGUACCAUCAUGUUCUUCCUUACCAGGAGGCAGAGGACUAUCCAUAUGGACCAGUGGAGAACAAAAUCAAAGUUCUGCAGUUUCUAGUUGAUCAGUUCCUGACGACCAAUAUUGCUCGGGAGGAGCUGAUGUCUGAAGGGGUGAUCCAGUACGAUGACCAUUGUAGGGUCUGUCACAAACUGGGAGAUUUACUGUGCUGUGAGACAUGCUCAGCUGUAUACCAUUUAGAAUGUGUGAAGCCACCUCUUGAAGAGGUGCCGGAGGACGAGUGGCAGUGUGAGGUCUGUGUCGCACACAAGGUGCCUGGUGUGACUGACUGUGUUGCUGAAGUCCAAAAGAAUAAACCGUAUGUUCGACAUGAGCCUAUUGGGUAUGACAGAAGCCGGAGGAAAUACUGGUUCUUAAACCGAAGACUCAUAAUAGAAGAAGACACAGAAAAUGAAAAUGAAAAGAAAGUUUGGUACUACAGUACAAAGGUCCAGCUUGCAGAAUUAAUAGACUGUCUAGACAAAGAUUACUGGGAAGCAGAACUGUGCAAGGUUCUAGAAGAGACUCGAGAAGAGAUGCACCAGCACAUGGACAUAACGGAAGACCUGACCAACAAAGCUCGGGGCAGCAACAAAUCCUUUCUAGCGGCAGCUAACGAAGAAAUUUUGGACUCCUUAAGAAUCAAAAGAGGGGAAGAUAUUGACUGUGACCCGAGCCCGGAAGAAACGGAAAAAGACAAGAGUGAGGUUGAAGCUGACAACUCUAAGGAUGCUGAGAAGAGCAAGGAGGAGUCGGAGGACCAGUCCCUUGAGAAGGACAGGGAUGACAAAGUCCUGGGUGAAGAGCCUGGGCAAGGAAAACCUGAGGAGCCAACAGAAGUUGGGGAUAGAGGUAACUCUGUGCCAGCAAAUCUUGGGGACAACACAACUAAUGCCUCUCCAGAAGAGACUAGUCCCUGUGAAGGGAGGAGCCCCGAGGGCUGUCUCUCAGAAACCCAUGAGAGCAGCAACAUGGCAGAGAAGAAGGUGGCAUCUGAGCUCCCCCCGGAUGUACCAGAAGACUCUAACAAGACAUGUGACAGCAGUAACACUAGUGCUACCACUGCCUCCAUCCAGCCUAAUCUGGAAACCAGUAACAGCAGCAGUGAACUCACUUCCUCCCAGAGUGACUCUGCUAAGGCAGCCGAUGACCCUGACCUUGGAGAGAGAGACUCCCACACACCUGUCUCUGGUCAAGAAGAGAUAGGUGAUUUCAGAUUGGAGAAGUCUAACGGAGAGAUGGCCGAGUCCCCUGGAGCUGGCCGAGGGACGACCGCUUCCACCCGCAUCAUCACCAGAUUGCGGAACCCAGAUAGCAAACUCAGUCAGCUGAAGAGUCAGCAGGUGGCAGCCGCAGCCCAUGAAGCAAAUAAACUGUUUAAGGAGGGCAAAGAGGUGCUGGUAGUUAACUCCCAAGGAGAAGUUUCACGGUUGAGCACCAAAAAGGAAGUGGUCAUGAAAGGGAGCAUCAACAAUUAUUUUAAGCUGGGACAAGAAGGGAAGUAUCGCGUCUAUCACAAUCAGUACUCUACCAACUCCUUUGCCCUGAAUAAGCACCAGCACAGGGAAGACCAUGACAAGAGGAGGCACCUGGCACAUAAAUUCUGUCUCACUCCAGCCGGGGAGUUCAAAUGGAAUGGAUCUGUUCAUGGCUCCAAAGUCCUUACCAUAUCUACGCUGAGACUCACCAUCACGCAGCUAGAAAGCAACAUCCCUUCAUCCUUUCUUCAUCCCAAUUGGGCUUCACACAGGGCUAAUUGGAUCAAGGCCGUUCAGAUGUGUAGUAAACCCAGAGAGUUUGCAUUGGCUCUUGCAAUUUUGGAGUGUGCUGUUAAGCCUGUUGUGAUGCUGCCAAUAUGGCGGGAGUCUUUAGGACACACCAGGUUACAUAGGAUGACAUCAAUUGAAAGGGAAGAAAAAGAGAAGGUUAAAAAGAAGGAGAAGAAACAGGAGGAGGAGGAGACCAUGCAGCAGGCCACCUGGGUGAAAUACACGUUUCCAGUGAAGCAUCAGGUUUGGAAACAAAAAGGAGAGGAGUACAGAGUGACAGGGUACGGCGGCUGGAGCUGGAUUAGUAAAACACACGUUUAUAGGUUUCUUCCCAAAUUACCAGGCAAUACCAAUGUGAACUACAGGAAGCCCCUGGUAGGAGCCAAAAAUAAUACAGAUGAAAAUAAGGAUGAAUCAGAUAAAAGAAAAAGUCCACGAAGUCCAAAAAAAAUGAAGACAGAAUGUGAUUCUGAGAAAGGUGAGGCAAAAGAUGCAGAAGCUGCAGCCGGAGCAGAUGAAAGUGCAAUGGAACUAUCUAAGGUGUCUGAGAAGAAGGACCAAGAUGUCAAAGAAGUUUUAGAUUCUGAUAAUGACAAAUCGUUGAAGGAAGAACCAAUGGAGAUAGAUGAUACUGUCAGAACAGAGUCCCAUAUAAACUGUCAGGAGCAUACUCAAGUGGAUGUGGUCAAUGUCAGUGAAGGGUUCCAUCUAAGGACUAGUUACAAAAAAAAAACAAAAUCUUCUAAGCUGGACGGGCUCCUGGAAAGGCGGAUUCGACAGUUCACACUGGAAGAGAAGCAGCGCCUUGAAAAGUUGAAACUGGAGAGUGGGGUGAAGGGAGUAGGCAAGCCCCUCACCAGUGCUCUGAAAAGCCCCUCUGAAUCAGCAGUAACUGCAAAGGCCAGCGAAGGGUGUCAGGGUGACUGGCUCAGACAGGAACAAAGCCCCAGUCCGAGCCAGGCUAGCCCUGGGGACUCGGGACAGAGGUGCUCACAAAGUGAUCCUAGUCUGAGCACAAACAAACUCUACCAAAAAGAUCAAGUGUCAGAUGAUGCCUCUGUUCAGAGUUCGGGGCCAAACUGUCAGAGACUGAACUCUGCUGAAAGUGCCCUAGAUGCCAGUAUCUCUGAGCCUGCCAGUAAGGGAUUGGCACUAAGUCAAACUAAAACCCAAGGAAGUGACUUUAUCAUUGACGACGGUAAACCAACCAGUGCAGAGGAUGUUGGCACUUUGACCUCUAAGAGCAAAAAGCCACUCCCACAGGAAGAUAGCAGCACAACCGUGCCUUCUUCCAAGAGUACUGUACCAGCAUCAGUACCUAAAAGUACCAGUGACAGAGAUGCCCGGCCCUUCCCCAAAGCAAUGGACUUUGGUGGGAAACCAGGUUGUGACUCUGAAUAUAAUAGCACUUUGGAAAACAGUUCUGAUACCACGUCUAUUCAAGAUAGCAGUGAAGAAGAUAUGAUUGUUCAGAAUAGCAAUGAGUGUAUCUCUGAGCAGUUGAUAACUCCAGACCAAGGCAUGGAGAGUUCGGAGCCGUCAAAAUGUGAGUUAGUUCCUAAAUCCACUGAAAAUUGUGAAGAUAAACUACAGGGUAAGGUAACUGAAGCAAAUGGUAAAAAAACAGGUCAGCACCAAAAGCUAGAUGAGAGACCAGUUAACAAAUGCACUGACCAAAUAAGUCUAAAACAUACCACUGACAGAAAGAAUAAUGACAAUCGAGAGUCUGAAAAGAAAGGACAUAAGGCAAAUAAAUUUCAGAUAAAUGGCAAAGACAGUAAAGCUAAGGGGUUCCUGAAGGGGCAGUGCCUGAAGGACGGCUCUGAAGGUAAAGUUGUGAGCGGUCCUGCUGAACCAAAGGUCAAUAAUAUCAGUAAAGUCAUCCCUGGGAACAUCAAGUCACUGGCUGUUAAGGAAUCUGCCGUGAAGCCAUUUGUUAACGGUGACAUCAUCAUGGAAGAUUUCAAUGAACAAAACACUUCUGAAACCAACUCACAUUCGCUGAGUUCUUUAGAUGCCAAAGGUAAUCACCAAGACAGCCUCCAUACCCUACCGUCUACCAAAGAGUCAGACAGUACCCAGGUAACCAUACGCCCAGCCACUUGUCCAGAAAGCAACUCAUUUAAUCAGGUGGAAGAUAUGGAAACAGAGAGUCCAGAGGUUAAGAAGGUUACCCCAUCUCCUGUUACUUCUGAAGAGAUGUCUAACCUUAGUAAUGACUUCAUGGAUGAAAAUGGUCUGCCCUCCAGCAAAGACGAGAAUGUCAAUGGAGAAUCCAAAAGGAAAACAAUCAUCACAGAAGUCACCACGAUGACAUCCACAGUUGCUACAGAGUCAAAAACUGUCAUUAAGGUAGCAAAGGGGGACAAGCAAACUGUGGUUUCUUCCACAGAAAAUUGUGCCAGAUCCACUGUCACAACUACCACCACCACUGUGACAAAGCUCUCCACACCUUGCCCAGACACUGGAAUGGACACCAUCUCUGUAAAGGAGCAAAGCAAAACUGUGGUGACCACGACAGUGACGGACUCCCUGACCACUGCAGGAAGCACGCUGGUGACCUCUAUGACCGUGAGCAAAGAAUACUCCACAAGAGACAAGGUGAAACUGAUGAAGUUCUCAAGACCCAAGAAGACCCGUUCAGGAACAGCCCUGCCGUCCUAUAGGAAGUUUGUUACCAAGAGCAGCAAAAAGAGCAUUUUCGUGCUGCCCAAUGAUGACUUGAAAAAGCUGGCCAGAAAAGGAGGGAUCCGGGAAGUCCCUUACUUUAAUUAUAAUGCAAAACCUGCCCUGGACAUAUGGCCAUAUCCUUCUCCUAGACCAACCUUUGGUAUCACGUGGAGGUAUAGACUCCAGACAGUCAAGUCCUUAGCAGGAGUGAGCCUGAUGUUACGGUUACUAUGGGCCAGUUUGAGAUGGGAUGACAUGGCAGCCAAGGCUCCUCCAGGAGGAGGGACCACACGGACAGAGACAUCUGAAACUGAAAUCACAACCACAGAAAUAAUUAAGAGGCGUGAUGUGGGUCCUUACGGCAUUCGUUCUGAAUAUUGUAUUAGGAAGAUUAUUUGCCCUAUUGGAGUUCCAGAAGCACCAAAAGAAACACCCACACCUCAGCGGAAAGGCCUUAGAUCAAGUGCACUGCGGCCAAAGAGACCUGAAACACCCAAGCAGACCGGCCCUGUUAUUAUUGAAACCUGGGUGGCAGAAGAGGAGUUGGAACUCUGGGAGAUCAGGGCUUUUGCUGAGAGAGUGGAGAAAGAAAAGGCUCAGGCGGUGGAGCAGCAGGCUAAGAAACGUUUGGAGCAACAGAAGCCUGCGGUCAUUGCCACGUCUACCACAUCCCCACCAAACAGCACAAGCAGCACCGUCUCUCCAGCUCAGAAGGUGAUGGUGGCUCCCUUGAGUGGUUCUGUCACCCCUGGGACGAAGAUGGUGCUAGCCACCAAAGUUGGGUCUCCUGCCACAGUUACAUUCCAGCAAAACAAGAACUUCCACCAAACCUUUGCCACGUGGGUGAAGCAAGGCCAAUCCAACUCAGCCACCAGCACAGCUGCCACCUCUGCUACAACCAUUGCCAGCACAGGUCAGACGUUCCAAAUUACAGGCAAUCCCGUCACUAUGGCAGGAAAAGUAAUUACCAAACUGCCACUUCCUGCAAACAGCAAGAUUGUCGCUGUAAAUGUGCCAGCAACACAAGGAGGCGUGGUCCAGGUACAGCAGAAAGUCCUGGGUAUCAUUCCAUCGACAACAGGUCCAAGUCAGCAAACCUUGACUUCAUUCCAGCCCAGGACUGCAACAGUCACAAUUAGGCCCAAUACCUCAGCCUCUGCAGGAACCACUACCACGUCACAGGUACUCACGGGGCCUCCGAUCCGUCCUGGUAUGACUGUGAUUAGAACACCACUCCAGCAGUCCACACUAGGAAAGACAAUUAUUCGAACCCCUGUGAUGGUGCAGCCAGGUGCUCCCCAACAAGUGGUGACUCAGAUCAUCCGAGGACAGCCUGUUUCCACUGCCAUUUCUGCUCCAAGUACGGCUUCUUCAGCGCCCGGGCAAAAAGGUUUAAGUCCAGGAGCACCAGCUGGAACUCUACAGCCUGCAGCCCCACAACCCCCUCGUCCCCAGCAAGGGCAGGUGAAGCUCACCAUGGCUCAGCUCACUCAGUUAACACAGGGCCACGGUGGCAACCAAGGUUUAACAGUAGUAAUUCAAGGACAAGGUCAAACUACUGGACAGUUGCAGUUGAUACCUCAGGGGAUGACCGUCCUUCCAGGACCAGGGCAACAGCUCAUGCAAGCUGCAAUGCCCAAUGGUACCGUGCAGCGAUUCCUCUUUACCCCGCUGUCAACAACGGCCACGACCGCCAGCAGCAGCACAACCACUGCUUCUGCAGCAGCAGCAGCAGCAGCAACAGCAGCAGCAGCAGCAGCAGCAGCAGCAGGUUCCGGGGAACAAAAACAGAGUAAAUUGUCGCCCCAGCCCCAGGUCCAACCAGCCACAACCAUGGUGCCCACUCAGUCGUCAAGUGUGAGUCCUGCAGAAGCCCAGCCACAGACUCCUCAGCCUGCAGCACAGCCCCAGCCCCAGCCCCAGUCCCCAGCUCAGCCUGAAGUCCAGAACCAGCCAGCUGUCUCGGCCCAUGUCCCUUCUGAAGCACAGGCCUCCCAGACACAGUCAUCUAAACCCCAGCAACAGUGUCAGCCUCAGAGCAGUGUCCAAGGACAGUCUCCUGUUCGUGUCCAGAGCCCACCACUGACUCGGAUACGUCCAUCAACUCCAUCCCAAGUGACUCCUGCCCAGCAACCCCAGGUUCAGACUACAACCUCACAGCCGGUUCCAAUCCCGCCCCCCACAUCUCUGCAGACACCUUCCCAGGGCCAGCCACAGCCCCAGCCCCAGGUGGUGAUGAAGCAUAAUGCUGUAAUAGAACAUUUAAAACAGAAAAAGACCAUGACUCCAGCUGAACGAGAAGAAAAUCAAAGAAUGAUUGUGUGUAACCAGGUGAUGAAGUAUAUUCUGGAUAAGAUAGAUAAAGAAGAAAAGCAGGCGGCGAAGAAGCGCAAGCGCGAGGAGAGCGUGGAGCAGAAGCGGAGCAAGCAGAACGCCAGCAAGCUCUCUGCUCUGCUCUUCAAACACAAGGAGCAGCUCAAAGCCGAGAUCCUGAAAAAGAGGGCCCUCCUGGACAAAGAGCUGCAGAUCCAAGUGCAGGAAGAGCUGAAGAGAGACCUGAAAAUGAAGAAGGAGAAAGAUAUGGCCCAGGUAGUACCGGUCGGUGCUGCGGCAGUGUCCACACCCUCAGCGCCAGCGCCAGUGCCAGCACCACCACCGGCAGCCCCUGCAGCUCCUCCUCCUCCUCCUUCGCCUCCCUUGGCACACAGCCUGCCGCCUGCAGGCCACCCCGCAGCUCCACUGCCUGUCGCUUCCCAGAAGAGGAAGCGGGAGGAGGAGAAGGACUCCAAGUCCAAGAAGAAGAAGAUGAUCUCUACCACCUCAAAGGAGGCCAAGAAGGACACCAGGCUGUACUGCAUCUGCAAGACACCGUACGACGAGUCCAAGUUCUAUAUUGGCUGUGAUCUUUGUACUAACUGGUAUCAUGGAGAAUGUGUUGGCAUCACAGAAAAGGAGGCUAAGAAAAUGGAUGUGUACAUCUGUAAUGAUUGUAAGCGGGCACAAGAGGGCAGCAGUGAGGAAUUGUACUGUAUCUGCAGGACACCUUAUGAUGAGUCACAAUUUUAUAUUGGCUGCGAUCGAUGUCAGAAUUGGUACCACGGGCGCUGUGUUGGCAUCUUACAGAGUGAGGCAGAGCUCAUUGAUGAGUAUGUCUGUCCACAGUGCCAGUCGACAGAGGAUGCCAUGACAGUGCUCACACCACUGACAGAGAAGGAUUACGAGGGCUUGAAGAGGGUGCUGCGCUCCUUACAGGCCCAUAAGAUGGCUUGGCCUUUCCUUGAACCGGUAGACCCCAAUGAUGCACCCGAUUAUUACGGGGUUAUUAAAGAGCCAAUGGACCUUGCCACAAUGGAAGAAAGGAUACAAAAGCGUUACUAUGAAAAGCUGACAGAGUUCGUGGCAGAUAUGACCAAAAUUUUUGAUAACUGCCGGUACUACAACCCCAGCGACUCCCCCUUUUACCAGUGCGCAGAAGUUCUGGAGUCGUUCUUUGUACAGAAACUAAAAGGAUUCAAGGCUAGCAGAUUGUGAUAUCUUUAGUCUGAAUUUUUAACUGGAAUCAGAACUGGAUGUUUGGGUCACUGUUUAUUGUACCACGUGAUUGCCUAAUUCAAAAUUCCCCUCCCAAAAGUUGAAACUAGUUAAUAUAAUUUUUUAAUGUUAAAUACAGAUGUGUAGAUACGUGAAAACUUUAUUCUGGCAGCCAUGUUGGACAAUGUGUUUAAAGAAUUGUGAAUGCUCGGGAUGCCGUACCUACCUGCUAUUGCAAUAUAAAGUGCUGAGUCAGCCCUGCUACCUGUACAGUAAUUUGGUUACUAACAGAGUUGUGAAUGAAACUGUGAAAAGAAAAGGACUUUCUGGACUUCAGUUGAAAAAUGUGAUGUUAAUAUUGCUCCUGUCUUCUGAUAGAACUUUCCAUUUCCUGCAUCACUGUAAAUAGACAGGCACACACACCUUUUAUUACAGUAAUGCUUCUGUAAAUGUCUUCGUCCCAUUUGUUGAAAAUGGUGUAAUCUUAAUAAACAAUAUAUAUUCACUUAUAUAUACAUAUAUUUUUAAACAUUGGCUUUUUCCAGCGAGCUACUAUGUUUACUGUACAGUGAAAAGUUUUAAUACUAUAGCUUAAAGAUUUCUUAAUUGUUAAUUUUCUUAUAAUGCUUGCCAAGGGUGAGUGAACGAGCAGGGCUGCUUCCCCAGACUGGCCUUGGCAUCCACAUAGAGUAUCAUUGUCUCAGAAAUGAAGGGUGCUUAAUUGUCCCCUUUUCUGUAUUCUGUAGGUCUCAUAACAACAAGCUGCAGUCUGCCGCUCCUUAGAGCUCAGCGUGUCACUAAGCGAGACACAGUGAGAGUCUGGUGGUCUGAACUAUUUAAAUUAAAGCGCCAGAUGUUUUCAGUCAGGCUAUCCUGACAAGACUUGACCGUAACCUCGUUCCUAUUGGUCACAACAGUCCAAUUGUAUUCUUGGCCAAUUUUGUCCAACGGACAAAGGAAAAGCAAAGUCCACGGCACCAUUGUCUUGUCAAGAGCAAAUGGCUUUACUGUUGUGGCAGAAGCAGGAAACUUUUGUUUAUUGAAAAAAAAAGAAAAAGCAAGAAAAAAAAAGAUACUAUGGGGUCAAGUGUAACUCCGUGGAAAUGCCACGUCUGCUCUUCAGUGAAGAAGCUGCUUAGAGUCACAGAAACCUUUCUGACUGUAUUUAUUUAUUGUUGCAAAAAAGACGCUUUUUUAUUGCUGCCCUCAUUUGUCAGCUAAUUAUUUUUUCUUAUAAAUUCCAGCCCUGGUUACAUGUAUCCAUCCUAUAUCUUAUCAUGAUUCCUGUAGGUGAAGUACAAGGCGACCUCUAGAUGUCUUUUCUUUCUAUGAAAGGAGCUGCU